UAUACGUCACUGUUGACCUCUUUCUGUGAGCUAUCGACAAGAUAGGUUCGUGUGCAAAAUAUUCAUGUUCCGGGUCAGAGUCCGCCGCCUUGUAUUUGUGUUAAUUGUAUUCAGUAAAUACAGGAGCUGCCUGCAUCCUGGAUAUCUGAAAGAGACAUCAUGGCACCAAAAAAUGAGGUCGGUGCACCCCAACUAUCCAGAAAGGCACAUACUGCUGACUCUGGAAACAUCUGUGUAGGAAGUGUAGACAGAGUAACAGAAAAUCCAGGUGUAAUACGGCAAUCAUUGACCACAACUGAUCACAAUGUACACAGCUAUGAAACACCUCUUCAAAGCAUGGAACAGUAUUCUGAUAUUGAUCACAUGACCACCAAAGAAUGUGGAAAGAGAUUUGUCGUUAGUUUCGUGAAUACUUUGUCACACCAUGGUUCUGCUUUGAGUAGUUUGGAACAGGAUUUAACAAGUACAACAGUUGAACAAAGAUCACAUGGCGAGGCACAACCUUAUCUUGAAACUCUUAAAGAAAAGGUUCACAAGCAAAGGAAAGGAGAACAGAAGUUUAAAAAUUCUUUUUCUCUUGCUGUAAGUUCGCAAACAUUGCGUAAAUUACGAUCAUGUGAAAGAAAAGAUCAACAUGAUUUAAGUAAUAUUUCGAUGGGAAAACAGUCUAAAGUUUCCAGUAACUAUUGUAUUGCUCAUAAUCGUGAUCUGAAAUCAAGCAUGAAACCAUCUGUUCAUGCAACCAAACAAAACAAAAUUCUCGAAACUACCGACAUAACAUACUCGAAAGAGACAUUUAAUAUAGACUCAGACAAACACAGAGGUGAUGAAGAGGAACAGGUAGAACAACCUCAGCGUACUAAAGAGAAAAAGAAAAAACUCUUUGAUGCAGUUCACAGGGCUGUGCAUGAUGUUCCUUAUGAUACUGAUGAGGUGGACAGAUCCUCGGCUGAUAAAAAAUAUAAAGAAAUUAUUGAUGAUUUGAAGUAUGCAGUAUUUCAUGGUAUGUUAGAAAGAUCCCAUGUUACGUCCCCUUUUGUUUCUCUUCAUGAUUAUUUCGCUAAAAAAGCUAAAAAUGAAGCACUAACAAAUGAGGAGCAAAUGAGGUGUGAAGGUUUGCGUUUGAAGUCUUUUGACCAAGUGGACAUGAGUGUCUCAUAUCUUCGACUGGCAGCAGCAGGGUUCUAUGCUACAGGUAAUGGUGAUGAGACUCGAUGUUUCAGUUGUGGUGUAACCAACAGUAAUUGGCAAACAAAGGAUAACCCGCACAUCCUGCAUGCAAUGAUUUCUCCAAACUGCAUCCAUGUAACUGGCACUGAUGAAAGGAAUGUGCCUAUUCAGGUGCCAGCAGUAAGUGAUACAGGUCAUGAACCACAAUUCAGAAACGGGAGCAAUCCCGAGACAAGAGAGUCAGAGAGUGUCUCUAAUGGCAGUGUCCCUUCGGAACUAUUAGGAGCAGUAGGUACAUCAAGGAACCAUACACCAGUAACGACUACUAAUAGUUCCAGUCCACAAUCUUAUACAACUCAACAAACGACAAGCACUUGCAAUGUCAUUGUACCAACAUCAAUACUUACAUCAAGGUUUGACAGUGCUGUUCAUCCUCACUAUAGCAACAAAACUGUCCGUCUCAAAUCCUUCCAACAGUGGCCUGAUGGGCACAGUCAGCAACCCGAAGACCUUGUAGACGCAGGGUUUUUCUAUGCUGGCUACUCUGACUGUGUGCGGUGUUUUGUCUGCGGUGUUGGUCUGAGGACCUGGGAGGAGGGGGAUGACCCCUGGGUGGAGCACGUGCGCUGGAGGUCAUCUUGUGCCUAUGUAGAAGCCGCAAGAGGGAUGACUUUCAUCAUUAAGACACUGGCAGCAAUUGGAAGGUCCAUGAAGGCCGACCCACAGUCUCGUCAACAUCAACAACAGUCUUUGAAUGACUUGAAAGCACAGAACAGUUCUGAAGAUGAUAUUAUGAGGACCGACCCAUGCCAACGAGCUUUAGAGAUGGGUUUCAGCCCAGAACAGAUUAGAUCUGUAGCUCAAACAACUAUGAGAAGUAGAGGAACAUUGGCUUUGGAAUUAGAUGUUCUCCUGGACAAUAUUCUAGUAAUUGAUGGAGACGGUUCAGAACUGACACCAUCUGCUCAAGGGAAAGGGGAGGUGACCAUCCCUCAGGUGCAGACACGGAAUGAAAGAGUGGAGGGUGCAGAGGGCAACAUGCAUUGUCAAGUACCGCUUAAAGACAUAUCAAGCAUACCACCUCUACCAUUGGGGACAAGACAUGCUGAUGGAAAUCAAGACAGUGGAUAUAUGUCAUCUGAAGUGAACCCAGAUGCCGUGGCACCACAUAGUAUUGUAACUAUCUCAGAGACAGCAGACAGGGUGAAUAUGGGUGACAAUAAUCAUCAAUGUGAAGUACUGUCAGGAAACAUUGCUGCCAAGGAGUCGACAUUGUUAGACAAUGAAAGAAGAAAGAAUGGAAGGGAUCAUGACUCAAAUUUUUCUGUGAAUGGUUUCCUAAGUUUGCCAGUCCCCAGUCAAAGAAUAAAGGCAGAGAGGAAAAGACACGAUAAAACCAAGAACCAGUUAAAGGCUACAAAAGAAGAGACACAGCAGCUGAGAGAGUCAAGUGCAUGUACAUGUAAGAUCUGUCUGGAGGACCCUGCCAACAUCGUCUUCCUCCCAUGUGGGCAUAUGGUGGCCUGUGGCGUGUGCUCGCCGGCUCUGGAACGUUGCCCAGUCUGCAGAAAACACAUUCGGGGAACCGUUCGUGUCCAUCUGGCAGAUAUGGCUUCUCGAGAGAAACAUAUCAGCAAUAUUUAAAUAUUAACCUCUGUGUUAUCUAACGGUGGAUUACAAUGAAAAGCAAACGAUUUCUGAUCUUGAUUGACGUCUUCAUUCCGCGUGGGUAGCUGGCGGCCUGUGCCGUGUGUGCACUAGCUCCAAAACCAGUCUGCAGGGAACACGUCUUGAGAACUAUCUGUGUCCAUCUGGCAUACAUGGCUUCUUGGCAGGAAUGUAUUAAGAUUUGGAGAAAAAAAUAUCCUCAAUUUUAUUCUGGCUGCCAUACACAUUGUGAGUUUCAAAGAAAUAACAAUGUUUGCACAUUCCUUUGUGACAUAUCACAUGCCUGCAUACAACAAGAAAAAACUGCGUGUCCCGUGCUACAACCCAUGUCAUAUUGUUUGUAAGAUAGGUUUGCAUAUGUUUUGCUCAUUUGUAUUGAUACAACGCUCCUUCCACCACAGUGACAUAUUACUACCCCCUUUGCGUGCCUCCUUAGUUUUGAAAAUCCAUUCAUCCUAACUGUUAUGUGGCAGGACACAUUGCAACUCUAUUUCUGAUGAUAGUAAAUGGUAAAUUGAGCGUGGCUCUCAUCACCUACCUGUACCGGAAGUGUUAGUUGGGGCGACCCCAUUAAUCGGUUUUGUUGACACUUUGACAAACGCUAUCAAUCUGGACGCUUCCCAUGGUUACUGUUUCUAUAACUUCAAGGCUGACUAUUCCUUUACCUGUACCGAAAGUGCGAGACGAGGGUGACUGAAGGCAUUCCGAAUACUACAACCUGAGUUAGGUCUAUCUACAUGCCCACUGUGGACGGGAUUACCUUCGCCUGCCAGUGUCCAACACUGAUUCCCAGAUUCAAGAUAUUCAAAUAGACAAAUACUGGAUUUGGAGUGAGUGAAUUGGGACCUUAGAUAUAAUGGUAUUGCUGAUGCACAUUGUAUCACAUGUUUCACUCAUUGUAUUGCCUUUAUGUUUGUAAACCUUAACCUGUGUAUUGCGAUAUAUAGAGGAUUCAUCACGAGUGUUUUUUAAUAUGGGAAAUAUCAACCGAGUCUUAGUUAAUCGGUAUUUGCCGAGCCUUUGGCGAGGCAAAUACCGAUUAA